CCUUAGCCUACGCAUCCGCGUACACUGACACUGUAGAAAACAGUGAAUGCAAAACAGAAGUGACGAGGGAAGCUAAACCGGCGGUCGAUACUUGUGAAAAACCCUCCAAAAAUCUAUCCAUAGCAAAAUCAAAAUCUUUCCUCCAUUUUCGUUCUUCUUUCUCUCUCUGGCGAGCAUAGUCAGAGUGAGAGAGAGACAGAGAGGGAGAGGAGUGGAGAGGAGAGAAGGACUUGGCGCUGAAGCUGUGGAAUUGGGGCAAAUGUGAAUUGGAAUUCAGGAUUUGAUUCGAUUUGGUUUUCUGCAUUCUUCAGAUCUCCUGAGUUGCAUUUUCAGAUCUAGGGUUUUGGGGACUCUCCCUGCUGUCGUGUUCCUCCCUCCAUGGCGGCGCCUUUUCCCUUUUCCGUCACUUCCGUCCAGGUUGGAUCCUACUUUAUAGGACAGUACUAUCAGAUACUACAGCAGCAACCUGAAUUUGUUCACCAGUUCUACAGUGACGUUAGUACCAUGGUCCGUGUCGAUUCCAACAGGCCCGACGCCAGGGAAACUGCCUCUGGGAUGCUGCAAAUCCAUGCAGUUAUCAUGUCUCUCCAUUAUACUGGAAUAGAAAUCAAAACAGUGCAUUCCUUAGAUUCAUGGAGUGGGGGUGUUCUAGUAAUGGUUUCAGGUUCUGUCCAUGUUAAGGAUUUUAGUGGGAGAAGGAAGUUUACGCAAACCUUUUUCCUGGCACCACAAGAGAAGGGUUACUUUGUUCUCAAUGAUAUCUUUCACCUUGUUGAUGAUGAACAACUUCUCCAACAUCCAGUGGCCUAUAUAACUCAGAGCAAUCUUGAUAGCAAGCUGAAUACGUCAGCUUCAAUUCAAGAUCAAGUAUCCAACUACAUUCUUGGUGGAGAAAUCCAGGCUAGCAAAUUUGUACCUCCCACAAAGAUCAAAGAAAAUGGAAAAGCCAAUAACUAUAACUUCACCGAGGAGCAUCUUCAGCAGGUCCCUGAAUCUGAUAGGAUCCACAACGAUAACUUUACAGAGCAAUCCAAUGGUCCACUUCCAAGUAAAAUGGACACUGUACAAGACCAAUUACAUGCUCCUAUCGAGGAACCGGUUUCAGAGACUCAGAAACAUACUUAUGCUUCUAUUUUACAGGUUGCAAAAAGACAACCUGUGCAAGCGGUAGCCCCACAGUCUUCUUUUAACAAAGCUGCUGAUCAUUCGGAGUGGCAAGGUACACCAGAACCUACUGGUCAGCCGCCAUCAGCACCUUCUAAUAAUGUUGAAAAGUCUGGAGCAGAAGUAGAAGAAGAGUUUUCUGCUCUGGAAGAUGAAUUCGAAGUGAAGUCAGUGUAUGUGAGAAAUUUACCAACAACAAUGGAUCCUUAUGAAAUUGAAGAGGAGUUUAAAAAAUUUGGUAAACUGAAGCCUGAUGGUGUCGCUAUUAGAACACGGAAGGAUAUUGAUGUGUGCUAUGCAUUUGUUGAAUUUGAAGAUGUAACAAGUGUACAGAAUGCAAUCAAGGCUUCUACUGUACAGAUUGGUGGACACCAGCUAUAUAUUGAAGGGAGAAGACCAAACAGAAAUAGCUUUUCUCGAGGAACAGGGGGCAGGGGUAGAGGCAGGAUCACCUACCAGAUGGAAGGAAGAGGGGCGCGUUUCAGUGGCCGGGCUUUUGGCAGAAGCAAUGGUCACGACAGAGGUGAUCGGGAGUACAGAUCAAGAGGAAACGGUUUUCAUAGGCAAGGUCCUCGUCAAGAAAGAGGUUUUUCAAGCAAUCCACAAGGAUCAAGAAAUGGACAGGGCUCCGAAUAAUCUGCUGAUUGCUGCAGAAUUCGAGUUGAGGCAUAGUGGAAGAAAUUUUGAAUUAUUCAACAUCUUAAGCUCCCCGCAACGGUAUACUUUGCGAAAGCAUUGAUAUAAUCAGAUGUGCUUUCAAUGAACCAACCUUCAAUAUAUAUUAUUUUAAAAAUUUUGGUAAAUCUAGCUAAAUCUAUUUACAAUGAACGCUUUCGGGAAAAAAAAAAAGGUUUUGCAGUUUUGGUUUCCUCUAUA